AUGAUAUCGACAAGUGGAAGGUCAGAGACCUUUGAUCUCGCUGUCUUUUUUCCGCAUAUUAACAACCUGCAGAUCGAAGAAUUCAAGCCCGAACACAAUGCCGCCGGCAGUUUCGCCGAGGAGUCGUCAUUCAUGACACUCUUCCCCAAAUACCGUGAACAGUACCUGAAGGAGGCAUGGCCCGGUGUGACGCGCGCCCUUGAGAAGCUCGGAAUCGCCUGCACAUUGGAUUUGGUCGAGGGUAGCAUGACCGUGAAAACGACUCGAAAGACAUACGACCCGGCGGCGAUUAUGAAGGCGCGCGAUCUAAUCAAGCUGCUGUCGCGAAGUGUUCCCGUCACCCAAGCGAUGAAGAUCCUCGAAGACGACAUGGCCUGCGACAUCAUCAAGAUCCGCAACCAGGUCCGCAACAAAGAGCGCUUCGUCAAGCGCCGUCAGCGUAUCCUCGGUCCCAACGGUACCACCCUUAAGGCUCUCGAGCUUCUCACCAGCACAUACAUCAUGGUGCAGGGUAACACGGUGGCGGUGAUGGGACCGUUCAAGGGAUUGAAGGAGAUCCGCCGAAUCAUCGACGACUGCAUGGCGAACAUCCACCCGAUCUACCAUAUCAAGGAGUUGAUGAUCAAGCGCGAGCUGGCGAAGGACCCGACACUGGCGGAAGAGUCAUGGGACCGAUUCCUGCCGAACUUCAAGAAGCGCACGCUUUCCAAGCGUCACGUGCCCUUCAAGGUUACCGACAAGGAGAAGAAGGUGUACACUCCCUUCCCUCCGGCGCCGGAGAAGAGCAAGGUCGAUUUGCAGAUCGAGUCUGGAGAGUACUUCCUGUCCAAGGAGGCCAAGGAUCGCGUGCACAAGGAGGAGGUGGUCGAGAGACAGCGACAGAAGCGGGAGGAGAAGAUGCGCGAGCGCGAGAAGGACUUUGUUGCGCCCGAGGAGGACACACCUGCCGAUUUGGAGGACAAGAAGAAGAAGAAGGAGAAGAAGGAAAAGAAGGAGAAGAGCAAGCGGAAACGCGAGGCCGAGGCAGAUGUCGAUGCCGACGCUGCCGAGCGGAAAGAGAAGAAGAAAAAGAAGAGCAAGUCCAAGGACGUCUCCGAUGGAGAAUGA